GUUUACUUAUUCUACAGUUCAGUAGGGGAGAACAUUUCCACAUUCCUUCUGUGAUCUCACAAACUAAAACCCAUAUAUACAGAUUAUACUGAAUAUAAAGAUGGACGACAUGACAGCCCGCUCCUCAAAACUGUCUUAUUCGCCCUCUACUUUAUGCUAAUGUGGAGAUGCGUCUGAGCCACAGAUUUACACUUCUGUAUAAAUACAUGUUCUUCUUUCAUUUGUUAGUCUGCAAACCAACAUGAACCAAAAAAGAACAAACAAAGAACAGUGCAUACGAGGUAAGAUGGAGGCAGGGGUAUUACAAGAGGUGUAUAGACAAAGCAUUCAAUUGCUGAGCAGAAAGGGUGCCGUAAGAAUGGCUGAUCCACAGCAACAAUCAUUUUGUAAGGACCUCCUUAAAUUCUAUAAUAUUGUGUAGGAGACAAUAACUGCACCCUGGUCCCGCAGGAGAAAAAAAACAAUGAGCCCAAUGCCUCUAGCUUCAUCAUUUUAAAGGUUUUUUGAAGACUGGAAUGUCUAUUAUGCAUUAUGGGUUUCUUGAAGAGAGCCCCCCCCCCCGAGUUCCUUUGUCUGGAGCCCCCAAAGUCCUCUGUAGCGCUCCUGGCUGGAGGACCUUGAUGUUCACACAUAGGAGAUGAGUAAGAUGUCCAUCCAUCCCUUGUCUCUACCGCUUUACAGGGAGCUGGAGACAAUCCCAGCUGACAUUGGGCUAGAGGCGUGGUACACUCUGCACAGGUCAUCAGCAUAUAGCUUAUAAAGUGGCCUGUUAGGUAUAUGUAUAUUAAUAUUGUGUAAUACGCUUAAAUCCAGUUCUGUGUAUUUGUAUUAAACACUUUGUUGAAAUUUACAACACUAUGUUUGCUGAUAUUGUGUUACAGCUUUGCACCACAACUCUGCCCAGUGAGCAAAAUAAGAAGUAGCAACAACUUUAGGAUUUUUGCACGAUGGUAAAGUUGCAUCAACCAAAUCCGUAUGAAAGUGAUCAUGUCUCCAUUGUGUGUAGGUGAUUUGUAUUAAGUGUAAAUAUGUCUGUGCAGGUGCAACAUUAUGACACUGAAUUGAAAUAAUGGCUCCUCUUGUGCAGGACAGGAAACACUGGGUUAUUCCAUCUGUCCUGUCAGGACACGUUGGUUCUGUUAGGAAACAGAAGCUUUCAUCAUCCACCUCGCCCAUCUGGAGUCAGCUGUGUCCUCUGCUCUCUCGCACUCAGGUUGACUGAACGGGUUUUAAUCUGACCAGAGAUCAGCGUCGUCAGCCCGAAGGAGGUAACAACAAAAACACAACUAGCAGAGCGGCCGUUGAGACGCUUCUCUCCGCGAGCUGAGAGCCGAGGGUCGGUUCAGAAACGGAGCUCCGCGGUGACUUAGAGAGGACACAGAGACAGAGACAGAGACAGAGACAAACCGCGGAGACAGACACAGAGACAGACUCAGAGACAAACCGCGGAGACGUUACUUCUUUCCUGUUUCUGCGCUUUAACCUCUAAGUCAGCUGCGCGCUUCUUUCUCGUCAGCGGCUCUUGUCUCGGGUUAAUUCCUCAUUUUGUUUUGUUCCACUUCUCUCUUCGCUCGUCUCCACACCGAGCUGCAUGUCUCCGUGAUGUCUCCGUGAUGUCUCCGUGAUGUCUCCGUGAAGUCUCCGUGAUGCUUCAGAAAACUGCGCUUCGCUCACAGGUGCUCGGACUACUUCUCUAAAUGGAGGCGCACACAAUCUCGGGCGUGUCAGUGCGCAGCCUUCCUCUGCUUUGUCUCUUUGGUGUGGGCCAUCUAUCUCACCAUGGACAGCCUGCUGAGCGAAGCCAGUGAAGGGGCCAGGGCUCUUCAGCCUGCACAGACCUCACCACGUCAUAGAUGCCACUCGCUGUCUUUACCUCUGUGAGAGCGACUGCUAGGGAAACAAUAAAGCGUAAAUUCCUCUCAGCUUGAACAAAGGAGCCAUGCAUCCGCUACUCUCCCUCUGCAUCUUUUGGCUGCUGCCUGUGGCCUUGAUGCUGGAAGAUGCCUCACCAUUGGACUGUGUUCCCCGCAAAACUGUGCCCCAUGAUAGGGUCAAGGCUCACUUGUUUCACGAGAAAGGUGUUUUCAACUACUCAACCAUGUUGUUGAGAGAAGACCUGGAUCUGCUCGUGCUGGGUGCCAGGGAGGCAGUGUAUGCUCUUGACCUCAACAACAUUUCCAAGAAACAUGCCUCAGUGAAAUGGGAAGUGACGAAAGAACAAAAAGAUGAGUGCACAAACAAAGGCAAAGAUCCUGAGAAGGACUGCAUGAACUAUAUAAGGAUAUUACACAAGAUGGAGGAUAAACGGAUGUAUGUGUGUGGAACCAAUGCCUUCGAUCCAAAGUGUGAUUACAUGUCCUAUGUAGAUGGGAAGCUGACUCUCGAGAAGAAAGCAGAGGAUGGCAAAGGGAAGUGUCCAUUUGAUCCUUCUCAGAGAUACACCUCCAUCAUGGUUGAUAACAACCUAUACUCAGCCACUUCAAUGAACUUCCUGGGCUCUGAACCAAUCCUGGUACGCAGCUCUCCUGUCUCCAUACGCACCGAGUUCAAGACUUCCUGGCUUAAUGAGCCCCACUUUGUUUCUAUGGCUCAGAUGCCAGAAAGUGACAAAAAUGAGGAGGGAGAUGACGACAAGGUUUACUUGUUCUUCAGUGAGACAGCUGUGGAGUGCGACUGCUACAACAAACUGAUGGUCUCCCGUGUGGCCCGUGUCUGCAAGGGGGAUCUUGGAGGUCAGAGGACUUUGCAGAAGAAGUGGACAUCCUUCCUGAAGGCCAGAAUGGACUGUCCGGUGCUCGAGUCCCAGCUGCCGCACAUAAUCCAGGACACUUACCUCUGGUGUGACCCCCAGCAGCACUGGACAAACUGUUUGUUCUUUGCCAUCUUCACCCCACAGUGGGGCACAUCAGACCUGUCUGCAGUGUGUGUGUACCGGGUGUCUGACAUCAGCAGAGUGUUUUCAGAGGGAAAGUACAAGACUCCAGUCCCCGUAGAAACCUCUUUUGUUAAGUGGGUGAUGUAUAGCGGAGAUGUCCCCUUCCCUCGGCCUGGAGCUUGCAUAAACAACGAGGCUCGUAAAGCGGGUAUAAAUCAGACUCUGGACCUCCCAGAUCGGACCCUUCAAUUUAUCAAAGAUAGGCCCCUCAUGGACCAGUCUAUCCAGCCAAUAGGAGACAAGCCACUGCUGGUGCGAAGGGGAGCUACAUUCACACGCAUCAUAGUCAACCAAAUGCAGGCCGCAGAUGGCGAGAAGUAUCAUGUGAUGUUUGUUGGCACAGAUGAGGGCACCAUCCUGAAAGCAGUGAACUAUGAUGGAGAGAUGUUCAUCAUAGAGGAAAUACAACUUUUCCAGCCUCCAGAGCCAAUCAAGAUUCUGAAAUUUUCUAAUGUCACGACUCAGCUUUAUGCUGGUUCAGACUAUGGAGCAGCACAGUUGCCACUGGCCAACUGUGAGAGGUCCUCAUCCUGCAUGGACUGCAUUCUAGCAAGAGACCCAUACUGUGGCUGGGACCAAACUGUUCGGAAAUGCGUUUCCCUCUCUAAUUCACAAAGAAAGCUGAUCCAAAGUGUGAAAGAAGGAGAUGCCUCUCUUUGCCCAGAUGCUGACCCUUCUAAACCAGUGAAGCAGUCCAUCUGGCCUGGGGGCAACACAAAGCUCAGUUGCCCUUCACCUUCCAACUUGGCAGAAACCAUGUGGGAGCGGGACAAACGCCCUCUGACCCCCUCAGCCCGUUUUCAGCUACUGCAAGACGGACUGCUUAUCCUUAACGCCUCAGACAGAGAUGGUGGUCACUAUCGCUGCCUAUCUGUGGAGCACUCUAAAACUGACAAGUACACAACCACAGUGGCAGAAUACCAGCUCACAAUAGCCCCAGUAGGCUCAGGCAAGGGCGGGGAUACAUUGUUUCCAGAAGCCCAGAAGGGCGGCCCCUCUGUGGCUGGACUGCAGGCUGCACUUGCCAUCCUGGUAAUUUCCCUACUUGUUCUUUUAGCCUGGAACUUUUACAAAGGGCACCUACCACUUCCCUGUAAAUGUGGGAAGAAAAAUGAGAAACAAUCCCCCGAGUCCCACGAGGAGGGGGGUGGGAACUCUGAGCGCUACCCAGAGACACAGAGGUCUUCACCUGCAGAGGACAAGCCCCUGGUGUCUGGACGAGACAACGGCAGAAGCAAUAACAACCACACCAGAGAGGGGGCGAAGUUCAGUGCUGCAGAUGAGAAUGACGACCCAGACGUUAACCUGCCGUCGCUGCAGUACAUUGAUGAUGAGUCAGAAAUUGGAAAAUGACAUGCAAAUGAUUCAGUUGAGGGGCGUUUCAAGUCUAAAAGAAUGAAUGGGUAGGCAGAAAACAUUUGUUUCAAAUCACAAAUGGAUUCAUCAGUUCAUCUCUAAUAUCUGAGCUGAGACCUCGACUGUCAUAACAAUCACUGAAGUCGGAGUAAAAGGGAAUUGCUAGGUUUACGAAACCUUAUUUUCAGAAACUAUGAACUGUUGUGACACCAAAAGUUCCUUUUUGUACAAAUGAGACGCUUGAAUUUCAACACUCGUAUGUACAUUUUUUUUAAAAAGUAUGUUUUUAGGUUUUUUUGUACUAAUUGCUGUAAAUUCUGUUAUGGGUUGAAUUUUCUUGUAAUGAUUGGUGUGGUUUUUCACAGGGAAUGUACAAUGACUAAAAUUGAGCCAAUUAAUUUCUAACCACUAAAUGCAAAGACUUUGUUUUAUUGUAUUAAAAAUGUUUUCUACCUGA